GAAAUGGCAAAAAAUGUUAGUAUCAUUGACACCUGGAUUCGCAAUGAAAUAAUUCAAAACAUUAAUUAUUUUUCAAGGUCUACCAACUCAGUAUGGUCUCUACAGCGGUAUAAUGGGUGGAAUGACUUAUUUCGUGUUUGGCGGAUGCAAAGAUAUCAACAUGGGACCCACCGCAAUUAUAGCCUUAUUCAUACAGAAAAGCGUCACUACAAUGGGACCAGCUGGCUCUGUUUUGAUCUGUUUUAUUUCUGGACUUUUCAUAUUUCUCGCUGGAGUAUUGCAUCUAGGGUUUUUGGUUGAAUUUUUCUCUGUUCCUGUCAUAUCUGGUUUUACAACGGCCGCUGCUCUAAGCAUAGCGUGUUCUCAGCUGAAGCCUUUGUUUGGUUUGAAAGGUUCGGCUGGUAGUUUUUUGAAAGCUUGGGAGGAGCUCUUUGAACAUAUUGGACAAAUUAGAAAAUGGGACGCUGUACUUGGUUUUGUGUCGAUGGCAUUACUUUUUGGUUUCAGAGAAAUCAAAGUGUUUGGCUCACUAAAACACAAACCGGAAUGGUCCAGAAAAAGAAACAUGAUAGGAAAAUGUAUUUUCUUCAUUUCCCUGGCUGGUAACGCUAUGGCGGUCAUCGGUGGUACUUCAAUCGCCUAUGUGGCUGAUAAGUCUUAUAACGCCACACCUUUUUUACUCACAGGAAGUGUGGCUAGAGGAUUACCAAACUUCACCCUACCACCUUUUUCAACGACAUGGAACGGGACAUAUUUCAGUUUCCAAGACAUGUUAUCCCAAUAUGGGACGCUCAUAGUUUUUUGUCCGAUGGUUGCCUUUUUGGAACACAUUGCCAUUGUGAAAGCUUUUACUAAAGGAAAAACUAUAGACGCUACCCAAGAACUAUUAGCCCUUGGCAUAGGAAAUAUGGCAGGUUCUUUGGUACAAUCGAUGCCGGUGACUGGUUCUUUUACAAGAACCGCUGUGAAUAAUGCUUCAGGUGUUAAAACGACUGCAGGAGGUUUAUUUACAUGUUGUAUGCUUGUGAUAAGUUUGGUACUUUUAACAGGAGUAUUUAAAUAUAUUCCUAAGGCUACUUUAGCAGCUGUAAUAAUGGUUUCCAUGUAUUAUUUGUGCGAGUUUCAUGCAGUGUUGGUUAUGUGGAAGACAAAAAAACUGGAUCUUAUUCCAUACUUUGCAACACUAGUUUGCUCUCUACUCAUUAGUCUUGAAUACGGUAUAAUUAUUGGUAUAGGUGUAAAUGUGUUAUUUAUUUUGUAUGAUAAUGCCAGGCCUAAGUUGUACUUUGAAAGGACAAUAGUGGGGGAUCACACAGUUUAUAUUAUAAGGCCUAAAGGAGGAUUGCAUUUUACUUCUGCCGAGUACUUGAGGGAACAAGUAUUAAGCAGAUGUCAGCAGGAGAGGAGCAUUGUAGUGAUUGAUGGGGAGUUUGUGAGGAAUAUCGAUGGAACAAUUGCAAUUGGUUUUGGAAAUUUAUUGGACGAGUUACAAUUGAGAAAUCAAAGCAUUGUAUUCUGGAACUUUAAUAAGGCUGUAAUCGAUGUUUGCACGGGUGAUAAUAGAAAAAUGGCAGAGUAUUUUAUGAGUGGGAGUUUAGAAAAGGCUGUAAAAGGAUCUGCAUCAAGACGCCUUUCAGCCACAUCAUUGUCAAUCGUUGGUGACUCCUGACAUACUUAAUCAAAGAUUUUAUUUCUCUCAAACUAGACUAAGUAACAAUAAGUAUUAUUGUAGAGCAAGAAAAAAAUAAUAAUAUUUUUAUAUUAAAAUAAAAUAGUUUGCACAUAAAAAUUCUAGGAGAUUAUUUCUUUACAUGUCACCAAAGGCGGAAUGAGACAUUCGCAUUGCAAAUUCCUAUCGGCACCAUAUUUAUUAACUCUUCUAUUAAAUCCUUCACCCUGCUUCAAUUUCCUGUCCCCAUAAGCGCAUUCAAAACCCACCUUUGCUUGUCCUGUACUAGUACUAUUCACAACUUUUAUAUCGUCAUCAGCUUUGGGACAAACAAAAUCAUCAGGACAACAAAUAACUUUACCAGGUUGCGUUUCAAAAUAAGCGGGAGCACAAUUUUUCAAUAUUUCUUCAAGAUAAUGAAUUUGCGUGUUGCAGUUAUGCUUUAUGCAAGUUUUCUCGUUUAUUGCUCCGGUAAAUUCUUCGUGACAAACGCAAUUCAGGCAAGUAUUAUUCGGAUAAAAUCUUUGACCAAUUUUGUAUGUGCCACCUUCAAAUUCGCAUGUCUUAGUAGAAUUGCAAACUUGUCCAGUGGAACAACAUUUGCCCAAUGUAUAACCGUGGUGGCAAUUUUGAUGUAUUUCGAAAGGUGCUCCGAAAAAUUCUGGACAAUCUAGAACUGCGCAUGUGAAUUUAUUCAAUUCGGUACAGGUGCAGCCAAUGCUGCAAGCAGAAUAUGUCAGAUUUGAAUCAAUCCCUUCUCCUAUUUGAUAGGUUUUUCCUUUAAAAGUACAUCCGCUUUUAGUUUGAGAAAACUUACAGUCAUACCUGAAACAUGUUAUGGUUUGUUUUGUUACAUUACAAAUUCAAUUGAUUACCUGUUGGGGCAAGUUGCUUCAUCACUUCUUAUUGGUUUGCAAUCAAUAUCUUCAUAAAAUAGAACUGCAUUGUUGUCGCAGUUAUCAGUAGCUAAGCAUACUUUUAUUAUUAAUAUUAGGAAAAUGCUGCUAAAACUCAACAUCUUAACUAUCAAAAUAUUAAGCACUUUGUUUAGUUUUAUAAGGAAAAUCUUCCUAACAACAACACAGUUGUUUGUUUGCCAGUCUGUCUUCGUCUGGAAUAAACAUGAUCCCAUUAUCAAGUUUAUCAACGGAUGACCUAUCAACUAUUAGAAAGGUGAAAAUAAUAUUUUGAAUUAAAAGCAGUUUUUUUGAAGUUCAUUGUCUCAUAACUGUUGAUUUUGUUGCCCGAAUACCAUUGUUAACACUUGUAGAUUUUAUCUAGAAAUCCACCACACCCAAUAACUGGUUUGUAAACCCAAAAUUUUAGUAGGUUAAAAGAAAUAAAUUCAAAAUGGUUUAGGAGAAUAGAUUCCAAACAUAUAUUUCAUAUAAUAUUACAAUAAAAUUACAAACAUAAUCUUAAAUCUCUCUACAAGUAACCAAAGGUGGUAAUUCACAUUCGCACUUCAUCUUUCUAUCCUUUCCAAAUUUGUUGAUUUCCCUCUCGAAUCCUUCUCCAAGCUUCAGUUUUUGCUGGCCAUAUUGGCAUUCCAAACUAGAAUCCUGAUGAGCUUCCCUGUUAAUUAUUUUGAUACUGUCCAGAGUAUCGGGACAAAUAAACGAAUUCGGACAACACAAAGCUUCGUCCGAAUGAAAAUUGAAAUAGGCCGGAGCACAUUUUUUAUUUAUUUCUUCUGUAAAGUGUAUUUGCGAAUUGCAAUUUUGCUUCACGCAAUUUUCUUCAUUGUAUUCGCCUUUGAAAUUUUCGUUACACACACAGCUGUAGCAAGUAUUUUUCGGAUAAAAUUGCUGUCCUAUUUCAUAAGUUUCACCAUCAACUUGACAAUUAUUUUUAAUAGUUGUAGCAUUAUUACAAAUUUCACCUACAGCACAACACUUUUCCAAUUCAUAUUCGUUGUAACAAUUUUCGUUAGUGGCACCCAAAUUUUCCGGACAGUCCAAUGCGGCGCAUCGAAUAAAAUUGAAAUCCUCACAAGUACAUCCAAUCAUGCAGCCUGAAUACGUUAAGUUUGCUGGUAUGUCUUCGGAAGGUCCGAAAUUUCUUCCUUUAAAAGUACAUCCGCUUUUCGGUCUCGAAAAAUCACAAUCAAACUUACUAGGGCAAUUGCCUUCUUUGCUUUUCACUGGCUGACACUGAAUUUCUUCGUAGAGUAACACACCGUAACUAUCACAGUUUUCACCGUUGCUAUAAGUAAGCGACAGCACAAUUAUUGUUAAGAAAAAUGUUGUCUUCAUCAUGAUGGUUCAAUUGGCUAUGGUUUAAAGAAAAAAUCGUUCGGCUGGUUUUAUUUAUGAAAGCAUCAUG